AUGGAGAACCCGAAUACUCCCCUUCAGCGCGCUUUCAACGCAUUCUUGACAACCAUGCCUCCCCAGCAGCUCUCAGAGUUGCUUCAGCACCUUCAGGACAACAUGCCGCAGGUCACCAACAAAGACAUCCGCCCCUCCCAUGAGAGUGAGACUAUUGCAGAAAGUUCGCAGGCGAUCCACGACAAUGCCAAUGCAACCGUCGAUCAUGGAGAUCCUGGUACUCCGACACCGGCUUCGCGCGUGAAGAAGGCUCCUCAGGAGGGAAAACGCAGACCACUGAACAGCUUCAUUGCAUUCAGAAGUUUCUACUCGGUCAUAUUUCCCGAAAUCACCCAGAAGGCCAAGUCGGGCAUCCUUCGUUUCCUGUGGCAGAACGAUCCCUUCAAAGCGAAAUGGACCAUCAUCGCCAAAGCCUAUUCCAUCAUCCGUGACACUCAUGAAGACGAACAUAGUGUCUCUCUCGAAACCUUCUUGAACCUCAACUCGGGUAUGAUUGGUAUCAUCCAGCCUGAUCGCUAUCUCGAUGUGAUGGGUUGGCAGCUUGCUGUCGACAAAUACCAGCAGUACACCAUGACCAAGGUCAAGCUCCCUACCACCACCGAAGGUCAACUUUCUACCAACUAUUCCGUCGAUGAUAUCAUCAAAAAUUGCUACGACACUGGCUAUGUCUCUGGCGGAAAUCGCAACAAUGGACCCGGUCGCAGUCGUAACCCUGCUGUUAUGGCUUUCGCUGCCCAGCCAACUCUUGUUGUCCAUGAUCGCAACAGCAUCCAGAUCAAUGACAGCCACACCAUCACUACUGGGAAUCGUGAUGGAAGCAUUCCCACGAAGGCUGCUUCUCCAGACAAUGCCACCGAAAGCUCAUCCCCUGAGUCGAACGACAUACCCGCCACUAUCGAAGACAACCACAAUGAGCAUGCGGAAGCACUUCCUGUCUUCGAUUUCAUGCAGGUACCUCAGUGCAACGACUUCCAGCCUGAUGAGACAUUGCUUUCACUCUGGAACGAGGAUGGACCGAUGCAUCAGUAUGGCGCCGCAUUCCCUCCAUCGAUUCCUAACUUCGAUCCACUCAUCUACAACGAAGCCUAUGAUACAUUCGACUUCGAUCGUUUCAUCAUGCUUUGA